AUGGUUAAAGCUAUCAUUGCGCCAUCCAUCCUUGCAUCGGAUUUCGCCAACUUAGGAUGCAAUUGCCACAAAAUGUAUGACUCUGGUGCCGAUUGGCUCCACAUUGAUGUUAUGGACGGCCAUUUUGUGCCCAACAUUUCUCUCGGACCGCCAAUCAUCACCAGCUUGAGAAAGGAAAUUCCCCGCAAAGCAGAAAAGACGUUUUUCGACUGUCAUAUGAUGGUGCUGGAGCCUGAAAAGUGGGUUCCGGAAAUUGCGAAAGCAGGAGGUGACCAAUACACCUUCCAUUACGAGUCCACCAAGGACCCAUUAGCGUUGAUCAAAUUGAUCAAGGAAAAUGGAAUGAAGGCGGCCUGUGCUAUCAAGCCAGGAACCUCUGUGGAUGUCUUGUAUGAGAUUGGGCUGGAGUUGGAUAUGGCUUUGGUUAUGACUGUUGAACCUGGCUUUGGUGGGCAAAAAUUCAUGGCUGACAUGAUGCCAAAAGUGGAGAAGUUGAGAACCAAGUUCCCUCAUUUGAACAUCCAGGUUGAUGGUGGUUUGGGCAAGGAAACCGUGCCAGCUGCAGCUGAGGCAGGAGCUAAUGUAAUUGUAGCUGGCACUUCGUGUUUCACUGCUCCGGACCCUGUUGUGCUCAUUGAUUUCAUGAGAGAAACCGUCAACAACAGCUUGCGGGCUAAGGGAUACUAUACGGAAUAG